GUCGCUUACCUGAUCGCAGAAUGCAAAGAGUUCGAAAGACUGUGAAGUGACAGAAUAAAGGAAUUUAUUCUCAGAUAUGAUGUAUAAGCUGUCCUGUAGAAACGUAUAAUAAUGGUGAGUAUCAUAUUAACAUCUUUUGUUUAAAUUCUGGCAUUACUUGAUGUUUUAGCGAGUUAAACGUUCACUGCUUUUUAUACACACUGCACAUGCAGUCAAAAUUAUGACAUGAAAGUGAAAUAGUGUUUUGACAGUGUGGGAAAAGUGGUUAUUGGGUCAAAUUAAAAGACAUUCAUCCUAGUUUGUAUCAACACAUGUUUUCAGCUUACACAUGAUGUGUUAGUCUGCAAUGCAAUAGCAAUCCAUUAAAAGGCAAGGAUUUGAUAGGUUUAUUGUUACAUAUUGUAAUUUAGAAUACUGCAAAUGUACAAAAUCAAUGUUAAUGUGUGUUACGGACUACGUUCUACCAUUUAAUGCAAUUAAAGAAAACAUGUCACAGUUUCAACUUCAGUCAAAGGACUGGCAAACAAAACCUUUUUUAUACCUGUGAUUGAUAUAGCAAAUAAAGAUUUGUUUUACUGCCAGUUAAUUUCCUCAGUAAGUACUAACUUUAACCCUUACUCAGAUGUUACAAGUUCACAGUAAGUACUAACUUUAACCCUUACUCAGAUGUUACAAGUUCAGUGAAAUAACUUGUGAUUUAACUUGUUAGAGAAACAUAUAGCUAAUGCACUUGUUAAUGAAACUAAAACUAAAAGAGAUAUAUAUAUAGUUAUUCUGAGAAGUGCUUUACAAUAUCAUGCAAAUCAUGCUCAUGUUUCAGUUAUGAAAAGAAAAGGGUUAACUAUUCUUUUAAAAGAAACAUUAUCUUUGUCUUUACUUUUAUGGCAUGAUCAAAGUUUUUUGCUAUCUAGACUUUGGCAAUUAGAUUGGGACAAAAUAAAAUGUAUUCAUAAAUUGCUCCAUUCAUUCAAUCCCAUUGUUUGAAUGACAAAUUAAUGACUUGAUUUGUGCUGUGAAAAUUUAAAUAAAAAUGAUUGCAUGGUGAACCAAAUUCAUCUACACCAUUCAUUUUUCUUAAUUCAAACUUUUCAUUAUACUCAUAUUUUUUAUAUAUAAUUUCAUACAGCCCUUACACAUAUACAACUGUGUUACUCUUGUACACUCUAAAGAUCUACCUCACAGAUAUAAAACUUCCAGCAUUGUUUCCAAAUUGUUUGAUUUUUCACUACAACUAUCCUAAUUAAAAUCUUUUCACUACCUUCAUAUCCCUUCCAUGUGAACUGUACAUCCCCCCUUUAUUUAAUAUGUUAUACAUUUCCUCAACUCAUUUUGUGUGUUCUUCACCAUUCUUCUCAUAUAAUUGUUUGACCUAAUAUAUCCAUUUCCUUCACUUCAUCUCAUCCAACUCAUAAAAUAUUUUGUUGUUUUAUGGUAUCUGUUUUCUGAUUUCUUCAAACCUCGUCAUUUAUUAAUGCACUUACCUUUCCUUCUCUCAGUGAUUGCUUUCUUUAAUCUACUUUUCUAUUUGCCAAAUAUCUGUGCAUUCCCUAGCUCUCUCCAUUUUUAUCUUCCUCUUGGCAAAGUUCUGGAGUGACUCUACAGGUGGAACAAGGUUAUACCAUGUGAAAUGUAAUCCUGCAAUUUCAUUAGGAGACAGGCUCUGAUUCCUCCACCGUACAGUUUCUGAUUCAGCAGCAAUGUUCUUAUGUUGUUAUGUGAAGUGGUAAGGCCAGGUCACUACAGAACAUGGGUCCUACACUUAUCUUUAAUAUGGGAGAUGCACACAAUGGCACAAGGCUACUUAAAAUCAUAAAUCUUCUGCUAAUAAGGUGUGAUUUAGAAAUGUAGGAUUUAGUCACACUAUUGGUCUAUAGCAAGUUCAAGUGUUGCGGUUCACUUACUUAUCUUCAUGUUAAGGUUAAUGUAAGCAAUGGUGAGCAUGCACACAGUAAUAUUUAUUUAUUUUGUAAGUUUUGACCUUGUACUUUGUGUGUGUGUGUGUGUGUGUGUGUGCUAUUCACUUAGUUCUGUAUACAUGUAGGUCUUCACAACAGUAACACUAUUACUAAAUGCAUGUUCUGGAUGUGUUCCCAUUAUUGUUUGUCUGUUGUCUAUGUUGGUACUCUGGGACAGAAAAGAAAGAUGGAUAUAGUUACCUAAAUCUCAACCUUGGCCCUACCAUCUUCUACUAUAGUCAAAACUACUAUUGAGUUUAUCUGUGAGGGUCCUGACUCAGUGGUGCAGUCUGUGUGAGAGUUCAAAAUGGAAAUCUAUUCUGAUCCUGAGAAUUAAUAGGAGCCUCCUUGUAUGAGAUUCCUUAAGAAUCUGUUGUGCACUAGGCUAGAUAAUGUUAUGCCCAGGAGCCAUGGUGAGCGAUGACUGAUGUGAAAUGGCAGGUGUGGUGGGAGAAACUCUGACACAUAUUGUCAAAUACUCAAAGUAAGGAUUAUUAGGUCUCAUUUGCAGUAUGCCUUCUGACCAUAGAAACAUAGAAACAUAGAAUGUGACGGCAGAUAACAACCAUUCAGCCCAUCUAGUCUGCCCAGUUUUCUAAAUACUUUCAUUAGUCCCUGGCCUUAUCUUAUAGUUAGGAAAGCCUUAUGCCUUUCCUAGACGCAUGCCUAGACUCCUUUACUGUGUUAACCUCUACCACUUCAGCUGGAAAAAGUUGACCAAGUUGCAUUUUUUUUUUAAUAAAAUUGGUCUUUUUAUAAUACUUAACAUAAUUAAAUAAUCUAGAACAUAUCACACAUACCUAUUAUUAUAAAUUCACAUUUUUAAUGCAUUGCAUUAUAAUUCACUUUCAAAUUGUCACAAUUCUUACUUUAGUGAAUAAGCCGGUGGGUUUACAUUUUAAGAUACAUCCAUAAGCAUUGCAGGUUCUUUUCUUUUUUUUCAUCAUUGUCUCAGAAAGAACAGAAGAUGCAUAUUACAGAGGGUACAGAACAUGAGUAAAUAUGGGUGUGUAGUGUAUUUUGAACAUUAUCCAGAUUUAUAAUUUCUUCACUCUGUCAAACAGAGUUAGAAAGCACUGUUAGUUACUGGAACAUACAUUUGAUGCAUUACACAGAUAAUCCAUUAAAAAUAAAAUAACAUACAUACACAGUUGCAUUGUAAUGUAGGCUGACAGGACUCUAGUCAAGGGAUGCCAAAAAGGCAGAUCGACAGAUGUUUAAAAACUAUAGCUUCCCUAAUGCAUUGUCAUUCUAAAGGCAUUUUAAAGGUAUGCAAAGCCUCAUGUGAGUUGUUGUUGUUUUUUUUUUUUCAAUUAUUUUUAUUAAUUUAUAGAGAAAUUUUACAUACACCAUAGAGGGAGUAUACAAUCCUUCCAUAUAGCAUCAAAAAAUGUCUUAAUAUUACAAUAACAUUUACAUACAUGAAUAAUAUAUAUCACAAUUACACAGUCACCAAAAAGGACAAAUGACAUAAACAAGACAAAUAAUACUGGUCAUUCCACAUCAUUAGAUAAUACCCGAUCAGAGAUCCCUCCAUCAAUACCCAGAAAGCAAAUAAUUAAUCAAUGGUAUAUAGUUGCUCGCCCUAAUUCCAUCCUGCUAUCAUUACCAGGAAACCUUUUUACUUAUCGGAGUAGGUUAUAUCACUAAUUUUAGAAAGUAUUUGUCCUCUCUAAGAAUAUAUCAUAUAAGUCCAAUGUUCUCGACUUAGGAAUUAGCGUCAUAGAGUAUACUCCCUUUUCCCUCUCUAAUUGGUAUAUCACUUAGUUUUUAAGAUGAACCUUAGUAGGAACCUCAAUACUUCGCCAAUGUCUCGCUAUAAGAGUCUUAGCUGCCAUUAAACAAUGAAUAAGGGCCAUAUCAGAUAUUUGAUUCGUAUUUGGACCCAUUAUAUGUAAUAAAGCCAAUUCUGACUUUUGUUCAAAUCGUUUAUCCCCUAAUAAAUGGAUCAGACUGAAUGUCAAGUUCCAUAAAGAUUUAAUUCUAGGGCAAGACCACCAAAUAUGUAGCAUUGAUCCGUCAAUAUGGAAACAACGCCAACAAUUAGGUUGAUUGAUCUGUGAGAUUUUAACUAAACGGAAUGGAACCAUAUACCAUCUGUAUGCCACCUUAAUAAAAGUUUCUAAAAUAUUGAGACAAUGAAUAUAUUUUUUUGUCUUCUGAAAGGAUUUAUACCAUAUAUCUGGAGGAAUACUGAUCCCUAAAUCCGAUUCCCAUUUUAUUAAUGAUUUAGGUAACGCCUGAGAUCCCGAUAUACUUAAUAAUUCUACAGCAAUUGAUAUCACAUUUUUAACUUCACACCCUGUAAAGAUUUUAGUAAUCAAAUUCUCUAUUCUACCAUCAAGGGUUAACAAAUUGUCUUUAAGAAAACUGUUCAAACGAAGAAAGUUAAAGACUUCUCUAUGAGGUAGGUCAAAAGUUGUCUUGAGUUCCUCAAAACUUAACAUUUGUUGGCUAUUAUACAUAUCCGAUAUUAAAUAAGGGAAAUCUUUAUAACAAUUUUUUAAGUUGAUAUCCGGUAAGAUUUGUUCCAAAGUAGCAAUAUGAAUUUUCCCUAAAAUUUUGUUUUUAAAGUUUAAUUUUUUCUUGAUAAUUUUCCAUUCUUUAAGGAUUUGGCGAAGAAUUAGUGGAGUGUUAGUCGAUAACUUAUUUAUUGCAUAAUUAUUUUUUUCAUCACCCCACAGAAGAGAUGCUAAAUUUUUAACUCCACUUCUAUAUGCCUCAAUUUUAUACCAUGUUUGAGUUUGGGCUUCCUUAAUUUGUAAUCUGCUAGCAUGAACUAGCAUAUUAGCCUGAUAUACUUGGCAUAUUAAAGGAUAUCCCAUACCGCCCUGAUGUGCUUUCUUAGAAAGCAUAGUAAUAUUAAUUCUGGGAUUUUUGCCUUUCAAAAUAAAAUUAUUAAUACUACUUUGGAUCAUAUUUAGCCAGUGUAUGGAAAUAGAAAGUGAGAGCAUAUGAAAUAGAUAAGUCCAUUUCGAGAUUAUGUAUGAUUUGAUUGUAUUAAUCCUACCCCACCAGGAUAUUUCUUGAGCUCUCCAAACUUUCAAUAAUAGAUUAGUCUCCUUUAAUAAUUUUAAAAAAUUGGUCUCCAUAGUGCGUGAAGGAUCUGUUGUAAUUACCAGACCUAGAUAGGAAAGUUCCUUAUUGGUCUAAAGAAAAUCAUAUUCUUUUUUCAAAGAAGAUAGUAUAUUACUUUGAAUAUUUAACACCAUAGCAGUAGUUUUACUUGUAUUCACUUUAUAAUUAGAAACUAAACUAUAGUUUUCAAAUUCCUGCAUUAAAAUGGGUAAGGAGAUAUGCGGUUCAGUGAUAGAAAUUAAUAUGUCGUCCGCAUAUAAACAAAUUUUCCCAUCAUUCUCUUGUGUCCCUAUUACUUUAGUCACCUUGUUGUUUCUAAUAUUAUUGGCUAGUGGUUCAACUGAUAAAACAUAUAAUAAUGGUGAGAGGGGACAUCCCUGUCGGGUUCCAUUGGAGAUAGUAAGCCAUUCCGAGCAUAAGUCUCGGCCCACUAUUCUGGCCCUAGGAUUAGAGUAAAUUGCACCCACCGCAUCAAGAAACCAACCAUUCAAUCCAAAAUGUUCCAGGGUGGACCGAAGGAACUCCCAACCGACCCUAUCAAAGGCCUUCUUAGCAUCAAUCGCUAGGGUCAGGAGGGGAACCCCCUCGGAACUAGCCCAGUCCAAAACAUCCAAGACUCUACGAGAGUUAUUACAAGAUUGCCUACCCAUUAUAAAUCCUAUCUGGUCCGAGUUGAUCAAAGUCGGUAUAAUUAUUUUCAGUAAGAGAGAUAGAGCGGUAGUUAUUUAUCUCAGUAGGUAGCUUAUCUUGUUUCAAAAUAGGGGUAAUAUGGGCCUGUAACAAAUCUAAAGAGGCACGGCCCUUAUUUGAUAAUUCAUUAAAAGUAUCCACUAAUAAUGGUAUUAAUUCUUUUAAAAAAACUUUAUAGAAUAGGUUAGAAUACCCAUCCAGGCCUGGAGCUUUACUAUUUUCCAAUUUCCAUCAGUUGGUUUUGUCAUCAUUGCAAAUGGUUGACUAAAAUCCCUAAAGGACAACAUUUGAGAGUUUUUAGGAAUUGCACAGAGAAGGAGAAUUUUAAAGAACAGGUCCAGGUUUUAAAUAAGAAGUUUUUAGAUAGAAAUUAUCCGAGAAAGCUUUUAUUUAAUACUCAAAGAGAGGUAGAGGGUCUUCAGAGAAAAGAUGUUUUAACAAACAAUAAUAGAAUUAAGAAGGGUGCUGAGAAUUGUUCGGAAUUUGCCCUUUUUACUAAAUUUAGUAAUAAAGCCAAUUUAAUAGAGAAAUCAGUUAGGAAGAAUUGGCCAAUUUUACUGCAAGAUAAAUUUUUACUAAAUAUUUUACCUCAGAAUCCUAAAGUUAUAUAUAAAACACCUAAUAAUUUGAGGGACAUUUUAGCCCUUAGUAUUUUACUCAAGAAAGAUGUUGCAAAUGAGAAGAUUAAUUUUUUAUCAGAGAAGACCAAAGGCUUUUUCAAAUGUGGAAGAUGCAGUACAUGCAAAUUCCAGAAAAAUAAGAUUAUGGAAUUUUCUGGUACUGUGACUAAAGAAACUUUUAGGAUAAAGCAUUUUAUUAAUUGUCAAAGCUUGUGGUAUACUUGUUACAGUGUAAGUGUGGGGUCCAGCAUAUAGGACGUACCAUUAGGAAACUACACUUCAGAUUAUUAGAACAUUUUAAUGGAAUUAAAAAUAAAAAUGGGAAACACAGUGUACCUAAACAUUGCAAUGCCUGUAAAGAAUUUGAUUUUAAAGAUUUUAUUUGCAUUGAGAUUGAUAUGGUUUUACCUCAUUGGAGGGGCGGAGAUACCGAAAAAAUGUUAGCCAUGAGGGAAACAGAGUGGAUAUACAGAAUGAAAUCCUCUGUUCCCUCAGGACUUAAUUCAGAUUUAGACAUAAUGGCUUUUAUGGAUUGAUUACAUUAAUGUGUAUUCUGUAUUGACCCUUUUCUCUUUUGUAUUUGCUCUCUUCUUUUUUACUUAAGUAUUUAUCUUUUACAUUUUUUACUUAAGUUUUAUGGUUAUCUGGUGUUUACAUAUUUUUUAUAUAUAUAUUUUUUAUAUUCUUAUAUUUUUUUGACUAUUUUUUUUUGACUGUUCUUUUCCUCCUUCUUAUUGUAUAUACAUAAAAUGUACAUUUUGAUGUAAGGUACAAUGACUAUAUUAUGGUUCCUGACACUUAUAUGCCUUUUUGUUGUUAUUAUAUUUAUGUGUGUAUAUGUAUAUAUAUAUAUAUAUAUAUAUAUAUAUAUAUAUAUAUAUAUACACACAAUAUCUACUCUUUGUGAUUUGUAUGCCUUUAUUAUUGAUAUCUAUGGUCAUGAUAUGCAUGUUCCCACUGUCGAUAUAGUGGAAAAUUUAUUCAUACUUACCGUAAUUUUCUUUUCCUGGCUAUUAUUCAUGGCAGCAUAUACACAUGGGUUAGCUCCUCCCCUACAGCCGAUAGGACAGGAAAACCACCAAGGUUUUAAAAGGAGGCUCCAUCCCUAAGGUCCUCAGUCAGUUUACAAGCUCUACAGUACAUAAAUAGAGACAUUAAUGGGUGGGAAGUAUAUGCUGCCAUGAAUAAUAGCCAGGAAAAGAAAAUUACGGUAAGUAUGAAUAAAUUUUCCACUUUCCUGGCUAAUCAUGGCAGCAUAUACACAUGGGGAAUACCCAAGCUUACAAAGGGAGGGACAGAAUAGCCAAUCAAAUUAUCAGAAUAAUUCAGCAUAGAUAGAAGAAUGAACUGAGUUAAGUACUUGAGUACCAAAUUGUGCAUCAUAGACUGUUUUAACGAACAGUAUGAAAUGCCAGGCAAAUGUGUCUAAAAGAGGUUCAAAUGUUAGCUUACAAAAAGUGUCAGCAGAAGCCAUGAUGCUGCAACAGCAUGAGAGGAGAGUGCCCUGAUACCCUCUAGCACAGGUAGAGAACGGACGUGACAUCCAAAUUGUGCCUCAUAAUUGCUUCAAUGUUCAAUAUGUAAUGCAUGACAAACUAGUUCAAAUGCCAACUUUACAAAGUUUCAGCAGAGACCAUUGCCAUGGAAGCCCACAAGAUGCUGUAACAGCACUAGUGGAGAAUGCCCCAAAUCCUUUGCUACAGGUAGAGAACGGCAUUGAAAGGCUCUCACUUUAGGCACGAUCACUGGUGCUACAUGCAAGACAACCAUAUCCUGUUGAAAUUCAGUGAAUGGGGGUACACAGGAUCAAGCCUGGAGUUCACCCAUUUCCCUUGCUGGGGUACCAGCCACCAGCACUUUCUGUGCUACCACCAUGGAAGCUCCUUCUAGAGGUUUGAAUAAUGGUUCAGUCAGGGCCCGUGAGACCAGUGGUACUUCACAUAUUGGCUUCACCACACUCAGUGGAGGCAUGAUUCCAAUCAAUGCCUAUACGAAGCAAAGUGCAGCAAGUGCACACAUUCACCCUGCUGAGGUACCAGUCACCAGCAACAGCAACGUCUGGACUAACAUCAUGGAAGCUCCUGCUAGAAGUUCAGUCAGAGUCUGUGAGACCAGUGGUACGUCACAUAUUUGUUUCAACACCCUCAGCGGAGGCUUGAGUUCAAUUGUUGCUUACAUGAAGCAAAGCACCAGGGGCAUCAACGCUCAAUCAGUACCCUUCAGUACAGGUAGAGAAUGACAUAGAUAAGCAUUCACCAUAGGCAGGAUCUUCAGGUGCCAAAUGCAAGACGACCAUAUCCGUUGAAAAGUAGUGAAAGGGGGUUCACAGGAUCAAGCCUGGAGUUCACCCAUUGUUCUUGCUGGGGUACCAGCCACCAGCACUUUCUGUGCUACCACCAUGGAAGCUCCUUCUAGAGGUUUGAAUAAUGGUUCAGUCAGGGCCCGUGUGAUCAUUGGUACCUCACAUAUUGGCUUCACCACACUCAGUGGAGGCAUGAUUUCAAUCAAUGCCUAUAUGAAGCAAAGUACAGCUAAGUGUUCCUCUAGAGUGUUAUAACACAGAACCUUUCAAGGCCUGAACGAGGAGUAAUUCCAACAGACAAAAGCAUGUCAAGAUUAGUAAAGCCUGUAUAGGAUUGUAAGAGGAUCUCAAUGACCGUCUCAGGGAUGCCUAUACUAAUAUGGACUCCCGCAUCAACACCAGAACUUGAGGAUCCUGGUGUGUCAUGGGGCCUUGUAAUAUGUCUGGACGUACAGGAAUUUCCCUUGGAGGUUCCAGAAUAAUUUUAUUCAUCAUAAAAAUUAGAGUCGACACGGUCUUCCACUGUCACCUUUUGCACUGCCUUUUUAAGAAGGUCGAAAACAGGAAAAUAUGUACAUCAGACUAAAAUUCUAAAUUUGAGCCAGUGUAUCCUGAACCUGAGCAUUCUGGUCCUAGCAUGUAAAAAAUACUUCUGGACCUGGUAGUUCCAAGAAAUGGCCAUCAGAUCUAUGUAGGGUAUCAGACAAUCUGCGUCAACCACGAGGAUACGUCAGGACAUGGUUGCCAAUCCACCUUGUCCACAGUUAUUCGGCUCCAGCAAACAGCCAUGGUAUUCUGAGCCACUGGUUGUUCUUCUGUGCCUUGAUCAUUAUGGGCUGGAAUUCCAUCAAUACGUAUCUGUGAGACCCAUCUUGGUAGAUAUAGGAUACAGUUGCAUUGAUAUUUGAGCAAAUUUGGACCCACUCGUUCUUCAGCAAGCCUCUGAAGUGAAGAAGAGCCUUGAAAAUGACUCUUAAUUCCAUACAAAUGAAAGGAAAUAUUGUGCAACAUGGUCCAAACACUGUGCAACCAAUCUUAUAAAAACUGGAAUUUGAGCUAAUAAUUGACCAAUGAGGUUCUGUUCACUGGAAACUCAGAUCUAAUCCCUCUUUCAGCUGCCAGGGUAAGGUGCAACUCCACUGAUGGGGACAUAGUAAGUGGCUGGCUCCAAUAAUCUUUCUCUUGUUAGACCAAGAUAGGAAGGAUCUGUAAGGAAUCCAGAGAUGCCAUUGGGCCCAUCUGACAAGUCUGCUGAUGGAAGCCAGGAUUCCUAGUAGUUGCAUCUAUUUUCUUGCGGUUACCAGGCAGAAAUGAAGAAACUGGGAGAGAAAACCUUUACAAUCUGUGGAACUGUUCCCGAGAUAGGGAAAAGCAGAGCCUAGAAUUUUCCACUCAUGGAUGUCAUCCACUGAGCUGGUCUGAAACUGCUUUUCUUGAUAUUCAUCAAGCAGCCAAACUUUAGGAGUUAUGAAAGAACUAUAUACCUAUGUGUGCCUGCCUUCUGAGGGUCUAAGGCUAUCAGCAGUAGAUCCUCCAGAUAAUGGAACCAGGUGGAGUUCUAGACUCUCAAUAACAUUAUAAGCACAUAGAAAGAUUCUUGGGGCCGCAUUGAGGCCAAAUGGUAGGGCACUAACAUGGAAGUUCUCUUCUGAGCUAAUGCCGAAGAUCUCUGCAGAUUGGACUGAAAGUAAGCAUCCUUGAGAUAUAUAGAGGUAAGGAAAUUAUCCUUCAAGAUUGCUUGAGAUAUGGAUCUGAUUGACUCCAUCCCAAAGACUAACAUUCAGCCUCUUGUUGGCCCCUCUUAGGUCCAGUGUAGGCUUUCAUGUGCUUUUCCUCUUAGCACCAGAAGAGAGGCGAAACUUGUCCCUGGAACUGCUCUUGUUCUGGGACCUAAAAAAAAAAAUCACCUCUUCGUCCAGAAGGCUUCUUCCUUCAGUGCUUUACCUUUGGAUUCAUUGGUCUUAAUACUGUUGGUAUGGAGACUCCUGUGCCUGUUAAGAAAAAACUCCAGUCUAUAUCAAUCUGGACCAUAGAUACCACUCAAGCCUCCAGAGUAUGACGAGCCCAGGUAUGCGUGAUCAGAAAAAUGAGGCUCCUAGUACUGGAGGAGAUAUUUUCAUUGCUGAAGAGCAAAACAACUGUGUUCUAGCUCCAUUAGAACCUUGAAAGGCAGGUUUUCCAACUGCCAUGAGUUACCUCUGGAGUAUUCCCUUCAGGGCCAGUAGCUCCCUGUAUCUCAGAAAUACUAAUCACUGGAGGUUCUCCAGUCAGACUAUGAGGAGCUGGGAUCCUUGGAACUUCCAUCUUAAGGUACCAAUAUCUUGCAGCCCUCAUUUGCCUUUUCAAUGGAAUUAUCCAAAGUUUUCCUAAACAGCACCACCCCUUCAAAUAGAAUGGUGUAGAGGGCAGACUUGGAGGAUGAGUCAUCAUCCCAGAAACAGAACCAUAAUGCUUUCUUAGCUGCUAUAGAUAAAGCCAUUUGAUCCAAAGGAUAUCCUAGUUACAUCUAGGGAAGUUUCUGUGAAGAAGUCAGUUGUAACCUAAAGACUUCAGACUGCCUCUUCAAUCUUGGCUUUUAAUAUCUCGCUCCAUAGUAGCCUUUAGAUCUUUAAUCACAUAUUUCAUGUUUGUAAAAACAGCAGCGGAAAUCACAGCUGGCUGGCCUCCUGCAAUGGUAGGCGUAAAAUUUUGGACAGGUCUGCGUCCACCUAUGAUCCAUAAGUGUGCAACUUAGGUGGUGUAGUUCUGGGGUUGGAAAUAACUUCCUCCACAGGUUAAAGCCUGGCCUCUUUUCUUACCCCUAAGGCCUCUGGAACUUACUUUGUAAGCCCUGCCCGCAUGUCAUGUGGCUGCACAGUGAUAGGUCACGCUGAAGCGACAACCUUCUGGAGGAAGUCAGUACAUAACCGAUUCCAUCCACUGUUUUCUCCUCAUAACCAGAUCCUGGUGAAGAAUCAGACACCUGACAAAUAAUAACUAAAUAUUACCUGUGGUAAAGUAUUAAGCAAAAAAUGUGCACUGUUAAAUUCUAUAAGAAACCAGCGGAACCGCUUUAAAACAGGCUAAAGACAGCACUUAUCCAUGUCUGGAGACCCUGCAAAUACUUACCAAAUAAGUGUGGUAUGUUUACUGUAAUUUUCCCUUUAUUUUAGGCACUUUCUGGCAAUUGCCCUUAUCCAAGAUGGCUGCCACAACUUGUAUUCCCACAAUGCAAGUCAUCUGUAUUAGGCCCAAUAAGGCACAAACUGCACACAUGUGGGCCUAUUCCGAGUGUGUUUGCUGUUUAGAGACCAGGGAGAGGACUCUGUCUGAAGCCUACAUGGCCCCUAAACACCCAGGGAACCGGGAAUAAAUCACUGGGACCGAGGGGGAAGCAAAAUAGAUAACAAAAGUGCCUGCAAGGAAGUUUAAAAGGCAACCAUGUGCAAACAGUCAAAGUUUACAGGCACCACAGUCUAAAGGCCUCAAGGUAUAAAAGGUAACAGUUUUCAAAUCUAACAGUUUCCAAAAUGUAACAGUAUUUAAAAUAUAUCAGUCUUCAAAUGCACUGCAGUUUUCCAAUGCACUGUGGUUUCCAAUGACUUGCGGUAUUACAUGCAACAGUCUUAAAUGCAAAUUUAAAUGAAACAGUUUUAAAUGCCACACAGCUUAAAUGCCACACGGCUUAAAUGCUUCCUAGCAAAAGCACAACCGCAUAAUGUACCACAAUCUUAAAAAUAAGGUACAGCUGUACAAUGCACUUGUUUAACCCUUUAAAGAUACACAUGACAUGUGACAUGUCAUGAUUCCCUUUUAUUCCAGAAGUUUGGUCCUUAAGGGGUUAAAGAUAUCAAAGCUUAAAUGCAUCACAGCAUAAAAGCACAACUGCAUAAUGUACUACAGUAAAACAGCAAAUAAAGUAAUGAAAAUAAAACAUACGUGUCCGUAAGUAAAGGGAGCAAAUUGCUCACGUCCUAAGGGCUGUAGGACAGGAAAAAGACUGAGGACCUUAGGGAUGGAGCCUCCUUUUAAAACCUUGGUGGUUUUCCUGUCCUAUCGGCUGUAGGGGAGGAGCUAACCCAUGUGUAUAUGCUGCCAUGAUUAGCCAGGAAAUAUAUAUAUAUAUAUUUAUAUAUAUAUAUAUAUAUAUAUGUGUAUUAGUGGUCAAUGUACACAUAGUUUGAUUACAACUAUGUAUUUAUGAACACAUGUACUAUAUUUUUAAUUAUGAUGCUAUUAAGGAAAUAAAAAUGGACCAAUGCUCAUUCAACAUGUGGUUUCACAUUUAUUCAUUUAAAUACAUGCAUACAUUAACAUUUAUAACAUCCAUGUAUAUUUAUGAUUGAUUUUUUUCUCUACUCAUUUUUUUCUCUACUCAUUUUUAAAUAUUUGUUUAAAUUUUUUGUUUUGAUUUGAUCCUAUUUUUACUCUUCUUUCUUUUCACUCCCUUUUUCCCCCACCAGUCCUAUUUAUAUUUUCGCUUGAGUGAGUAGUAUUUUUAUGUUAGGGGUCAGCUGGGGGGUAGGCAGAUUUGUACACACGGUCUGCAUUGGUUUGAAUGCUCUGGUUUGUAGAGCGUUCAUAAUGCGGCUGUGUAGAGGGUCAAUAAAGUUAUCCUGCGUUCCAGCGUGGUCGCGCAUGCGCGUGUCGGUCACACGUGCGUCAUGACGUAUGACGGCGUGCGUGACGGGGCGCGCACAUGCGUGAUCACGGAAGCUGUCGGAUGGACCGGCAGAUUUAAAAGGGGAGAAGACUGUGAAGAGAGAAGAAGCUCCUGAGGAAGUCAGAUGACGAAACGCAUUGAGCACGAUCUGGGACCCAGAUGUACUUUGGUAUCAGCUGUUUUUAUCUUGCACGUGCGCUGAUUUUAUAUACUGCUUAUGCAGUAUUUACUUUGGGCUGAUUGUACUAAACUUGUAUAAGCGAUUGGCUUAAUGCACUUUUCUUAUAGGCAUCUUGCACUUUAGCACUUGCACUUUACUGCCCAGCUCAGUAUCAUGUCCUGUUAAACUGCUAUACCUAAGGGUUCCUUGUCCAUUGUGGCUUUUAUACUCUUGAUGUCUUGCACAUAUGUUGUGCUGUGACAGUUUUUUUACAUUUCUUUAUUAAUAAACUUUUGCUGUUUUUGCUUUACCAUCAAUAUUUCUUUUCAUACCCUUAUUUUUAUAUACCAAUAUGGUGAUUGUGGCGCCCUGUUCUUUCUAGUGUUUUGUUUUUGGUAAUUGGAGUUGGAGUGUCCUCUAUAUUGCCUGCACUUGGUUUUCUGUUACUGUCCACCCACCCACCUUUCCAUUACUUUCUAAAUGGAAAAUAUCCUUGGUAUUUCCUUUACAUACAAUAUUGCUACAAAGAAACAAAAAAGAGCGUAGAGCAACGAGCAUAAGUCUAUCAUCUCGAAGUGGGUGAAAAUCCAGAAAUGUAAUUCAGCCCGUUAUGUUUUGCAGUGUUUUCAAACUAAGUGAUCCCUUAAGAUACUAUGAAAUAAGCUAGAAAAUAAAACAGUCUCAGGAAUCCUCCUGUGUAAUGUGGUUGCUUACUGUACUGUGCUGGGAAUGGGUCCUGUGCAGUGUGCUCUUCUCUCUGCUUCAGCAUCUCUCCGGUUUGUGCGCGUAGAUUGAAACCUGAGGAUCGUGGUAUGGGCACUCAGAUAGUCCAAGGACGUAAUGCUGUUGGUGUUCACUGUGUUCUCGCUCCUACUUGUUUCAUGCGCUCUGCACUCACUUCCUCAGGGAGACACUGUUAAACACCUCAUGAAUGGGGCCAAUUAUAAAUAAGUGUUAAUUCUUGUCUUUCUUUUUCUGGGAGCCCUGUAAAGCUGUCUAAAGAUACUGGCUCCAUAUUUGUUUAAGGUUAUUAUGUUUUUUAACUCCAUAUACUUUAAACGAGAUUGGUACAAUAAAAAUAGAAGAAGGUUUAUAAAAAAUUUGAAAGAAAUAAAGUGAAUCUUAUAUGUAAAUAUAAUAACCAUAGAAACCAUGAGAACAAGGUAAUGAGUGAAAGAGAUAUAGAUGUAUCUUUUUAACUUUAGUAUCCGUUAAUGAUUUAUUUCAUGAUGUAUACAUAAUGAUAGUUUUUAUCUAGUAUAUGGAGCACUGUGAAUGAAAACUAAAAAGUAGACUAAUAAUAAAAAUAAACAAAAAUAAAUGAAAAAAAAUUAAAAUAAGCUUGAACAUAAAAAAAGUGAAAGGAAUAUGAAGUAAAAUCAGAAUACCAACAAAAUAAGUAUAAAUUCUUAAGAUUUAACCUUAUAUAAAGGAAUAAGGUAUCAUCUAUAUUGCAUUUUAUAUCACUUAUUUUUGCACUUUGAAUUGUGAAUUAUAGUAAGAAUUUAACUCAAGAAGACUAAAAGGGAUAAGAGGGGGUAAGUGAUAUAGUUUUUUUCAAAAGAUAUUAGAAAAUUCAUGGGUGAAAUAUAGAUAGUUGUCAGUAAAGAUAUAAUAUACUUUACCACAUAAGUGUUGAUAUAUACAUAUUGAAAUAAUUUAACUAACAAGGGAAAUGAUAUAUAUAAUUCUAAAAUAUAAAUAAUUUCACUGGUGAAAGAUGAAAAUUAGAAAAGAGAUGCACCUCUUUUUUUCCCCCCCUUUUUCUUUUAAGUGUACUUCAGAACUGGGGACUCUCUUCUUCGUCCUAUAAACCUCUUCUCUGUAAGCUUUUUACAGGGUUUAUCAAGUGGGAAAAACCUAGACUUUCUCCCAACCUAAUUGAUAGAGAAGGAUAUUAAUCCUUCCUUUGUCUUUUCUUUAUUUUAUUUUUUUUAGUUGAAUAGAUUUUGUUAUUUUUACUCCUGUGUUUGUUAUUUCUGUUAUUUGUGUAAGGAUUGACAUGUGGCCAACCUGGGAGAAUUAAAUGUAAUGGCAUCACUUAAGCUGGUCUCUUGGAAUGUCUAAGGUUUGAAUUCCCCUCAAAAAAGGGGUUUGGUUUACAAAUUCUUAAACGAGAAUAAUAUCAACAUCACCUUUAUUCAGGAAACUCACUGGAUUUACUCUCCACAUAGAUUAUGGACAUUCAAGAAAUAUCCGAAAGUUUAUAACACAAAAUGGAAGGGAAACAGAAAUCUCUAACAAAGCUAAAUUUGAGUAUGUGCAUUCACUCAGCGAUAUUAAUGGUAGAUAUGUAAUACUUAUUUAAAAAAUUAACAAUGCUUUCUAUACAUUUGUCAAUAUAUAUGCUCCCAAUUAUAGUCCAGUGAGUUUCCUGAAUAGGAUGGUUGGUAGGGCUGAUGAUCUUGCAUGUGGCAAUGUGGUCUUUGGGGGAGAUUUUAACUGUGUUGUAGAUUCCAAAGAGGAUAAAAGCUGUAAAUAUAUGACAAAAAAAUAAUUUUUUAAAAUCUGACUUUUUGGAAUUCUCUGAUUUCUUGAGUGGCUUAAAAGGGCAGCUAAUUGGCAUAUCGGGAUAUUCUGUAGGUGCCAUGGUUUCCCCAUGUAUACAAGGACAUGUGUGAGGCAUAUGCUGGGUGGUGAUACUUGAGAUCUAGCUUCUGAUAAUGCCAAUUGAAUGAAAAAAAAGAAAUGUACCCUUGGGACAGAAUUUCUUGCCAAAGCAUGGCUGGAUUGUGCUGGGUGUUGGGGUGGAGGUGUAACAGGGGUAAACUGACAAGGAGCUAAAAGAAAAAUCAAAAACAUAAACCAAAGUAUAUACAAUAAAGCCCGAUCUUAUGGCAUGGCUUACCCCUCUAAUAGAAGGCGUACAGCAGAUUGCUUACAAAGAACCUCCCUAACACUAUCCAUAUGGAUCAAAAAAUUUAACUUAUGCAAUGCUCCUUCUGUAUAUGGGCAAGCGCUGACAGACUUCGAAUGCAUGUAUGUAGGCCUUAAGCCUUCCAAAAAACUAAUUUCCACAAUUUAUGCAGCCCUACCCCCAAAACUAAAAUUAACGAUGGUAGUACCAUUUAAAAUUUGGGAUGAUCAUACCCCCUUCUCGGGUGAAACAAUAAAUAAUUGUUAGAGCUAUGCGGGGUCUUUUCCCAUUCCAUACAAACUUAGAUACCCAGUGUCGCAAUGUGUUAAAGUACAUGGGAGGAACCUGUAUUGGUAAUGAGUGGAACAAGUAUUGCAGUUUUGGAAGUAUUAUCAUUUUUGUAACUGCAAUUCGCCCAGUCCAUGAGAUGAACAUACGCCUCCAUUCCUGUAAUUGUAGUUUGAUUUCUCCUAAGAGUUUGCCGUAGUUGGAAGAGAUUGGCAAGUUUCUUUGGGAAUGCUAUUCCUAAAAAGGUGAUGUGGUCUGUUCGCCAGUCAUAAUUAUAUGUUUGUUACAGUGUCCGCAAGUUGUCUGGUGGGAUUCCUUUACCCAAUGCCUGGGUCUUGGAUACAUUCAGUUUAUAGAAGGGAACUAAUAUUGACUAUCUGGGUAUUAAAAUCACCUUUGAUAUACCCAAGUCGAUACAAAAUAAUUAUGAAACUUUAUUAAAGAAAUGUCAAACACAAAUAAAAAAAAUGGGAAAAGAUUUCCUAGGCAGAUUAAAUAUGGUAAAAGCGUUUCUUCUGCCAAAACUACUCUUUUGUUUUAGAGUUUCCCAUAUAGUGUAGGAAAGGUGGUUCCUGGACAGUUUCAGAAAAAUAUACCAAAAUAUCCCCCCAAAAAAUUAUACAAAAGGGGGUAUAUCUUUUCCACGUUUUUAAACUUCAUGAAGCCAGUGCGCUAUCCCAUUUAUCUAUGUGGUUAAAUUUAGAAAUUGAAAAACACUCUUGGUAUACUUUGGAACAGGAGGAUAGUCCUAGUUGUAAACUAAAUAUUUUAUUUUGAAUUGGAAUACUAAAUCUGGGGAAAAUAGACAUAAAUAUUGUGACGAGACCAAUCUCGCCACAUUGCAUUGGAGAAGCCUGGUUGCUCGCCUGCUGCCCUUGGACUAUGGCCCCCUUUUAAAAGACUUUAUUUUUGCCUGCAGAAAAGCUGUAUUCGUGCUUUUCUGCCUGGGGUUCAGUAGAUUUGUUUGAAUGUGUUAUACCCCAGAUAGGAAUCACAUGGAGCCCAUUUGUAUGAAACUGACUGUAAAGACUUUAGCUCCAUGGCGAUUAAACUGUAUUCGUGUGGUCUGAGCGCCAUUCACUUAAUAAUGUGCGCUCGGACCUGAGCUAUCUGGGGAUAUGUGAAAUGUCUGUGUGUUAUGUGUAAAAUGUGACUUUAUGUAUUUUAAAGUGUUUUGUGUCUUUUGCAACCAUGUGCUUAAUGGAGUCUUGUGUCUGUCCUGGGAGAUAAUUGAAUUACUUAUCUCCAGGAUAGAAGACUCUGAAACUGGUUUGGGCCAGAAAGCCAUGCUUCAUUUAGUCACAAAUGACUUUUUACUAACUUUUGAACCCCUUGUCUGAUUUGUACCAUUUUUGAAUAUGUUGUUCCCCUGAAUGGAUUGAUUGAGAAUAUGUAAUUUUAUGUGAAUGUGAUGUAUGGUUUUGGAGUUAUGAAAGUUGGGUAGAAAGUAUGUUUUAACUGUUUGUUUGUAUAAUUGAGUUUCCUCUCAGGACAAGGGGAGGGAAUAUGUGGGAUGUAACUGUGAUAUGAUUGGUUGUUUUAUACCUCCCUGUGGGUGGUCCUGUAUUUGCAAGACUGUAAUAAAAACCAGGCUGGGUGUGCCAGCACCUCAGACCACUGCUUGACCCUCAACACGGAGCCUUGUCUCGUUCUUGUGGGGAUUCACUGUAUGCUGUUAGAGACUGAUUGCCAGGAGUGUAAGCUGACUGUCUGCUUUUCCUGUUCGUCUGCUAGCAGCUAUUUGGGAGGUUCCAGUUCGGAAGUUGGAGUGCUAUUUUGUAUCCAGUUUGGGAGUUUGAUGUUCUGCAGUAGCUGUGCCUGUAUCUCUGGAAAGGGGGCCGAUCGCCUAAACGGUUUUUUCCCCUUUUGUGCAAAACGGUCCGUUACAAUUGGUGGCAAGCGGCGGGAUCGUUCCCACAGACUACAGGACAGCUACAGGAGACACCAUUCCGUGGAUUUACAAUUUGAGGGCAACGCAUGUCUGAGUACAGCGACCCUGACAGCAACAGCAUGGAACCAGCAGUGUCAUACGAGGAGGAAGACCUGGAUGGCCGGGAUGCAUUAAGGAAAGGCAUCUGGUACCAGGCCCUGGAUAAUGUACAGUACCAGCGGGGUGAGAGUCUCCCCAGUGAAGAGCAGCGGUUGCAGAAGCAAGUGGCCCUGCGGAUGCCCUUCCUGGCAGAGCAGCCCCUAGAUGAAUGGGUGAAGGAACUGGAGCACCGGGUAUGGCAGGAAAUUUGGCUGGAAGAUGCAUACCAGGCGCUCUGGUGGUAUGGGGCACAGUACCUGCCCUGGACAGCCGAGCAUGACAAGCCAGAGGGAGAGGAGUUUGAUGGUCCUGGCUUGUUAUGGGAGGCUUUUUCAGAGCCUGAAUUUGGGAGCCCUACACAAGCCCGGUUCAGUGAUCUCUUGGAGUGGAGGGAGAGCAGGUAUGACUGGGACGACACUCACGAUAUUGAGCAAGACCUGGCUCACCUAGCAACCCUGGAGUGGGAACUGGAGCAGGACUACCGAGAUCUCUUCCACUCCAUUGAGAAGAUUCAGCAGGACAGCAAGGUGACAGAUCCAGUUCCAGACCCAUUCAGCUGGGAAGACAUUGUGGAUAUUUUCUGGGAAGAACCCCAGGUGGCCGGUAGAGAUGGGACCGAGGUCUCUCCACCGGUCCUGCAGGGAAUUGGGAGCCCAGUCUCCAUUCCCCAGUGGCCGUGUGAUUUAUUGGGAAUUGGGAGCCCAGUCUCCAUUCCCCAGCGGCAGUGUAAAGUGCAGGGAGAGGAGAGCAGUAUCCUCCCUCCCCAGCGGUAGACUGAGUUACAGGGGGCAGAGGUAGUUGUUCCUGCCCCCCAGCAGCAGAGUGAUAUGCCGGGAAGGCAGUGUGAAGUGCAGGGAGAGGAGAGCAGUGUCCUCCCUCCCCAGCGGCAGGCUGAGUUACAGGGGGCAGAGGUAGUUGUUCCUGCCCUCCAGCAGCCAAGUGAUAUGCCGGGAAGGCAGUGUGAAGUGCAGGGAGAGGAGAGCAGUGUCCUCCCUCCCCAGCGGCAGCGUGAUUUUUGGGGAAUUGGGAGCCCAGUCUCCAUUCCCCAGCGGCAGUAUGAUGUUUUGGGAAUUGGGAGCCCAGUCUCCAUUCACCAGCGGCAGUAUGAUGUUUUGGGAAUUGGGAGCCCAGUCUCCAUUCCCCAGCGGCAGCACAGAUUAUUGGGAAUUGGGAGCCCCGUCUCCAUUCCCCAGCGGCAGAGUGUCCUACCGGGAAUAAAGAGCCCAGUCUCCUUUCCCCAGCAGCAGGACUCUGUAUUGGGAGCAGAGACAGUCGGUCUCCCUCCCCCGCAGCUGGAAGUAUGUAUGGGAGAGGAGCCUGUUAUCCCCUCUCCCCAGCGGCAGCUUAAUAUACCAGGGGGAGACAGUAAGCCCCACAACUGUGCAGAUGGGACCGUAGUCUCUACACUGCCAGCACAGGGGGUAGGGACGGUCGGUCCUGCCCCCAGCGACAGGGCUGUUUAGCCAAAGGGGAGACAGUCGGUCUCCCCCUCCAGCAGCAGAGAUGGGUAACCAAAGGGGAGACGGUCGGUCUCCAGCAGCAGGACUGUGCAUCUAAAGGGGAGACAGUCAGUCUCCAGCAGCCGAGCGGUGUAUUUAAAGGGGAGACAGUCGGUCUCCCCCUCCAACAACCAGGCUUCAACCAGGCUACCCUCCCAGUAGCGCUGGCAACAGGGCAGAGUGCCGCUGGUCUCUGCCCACGCAGCAACCCACCAAGUCAGCGUACCCGUACCCAGCACAGCCGUGGUGAGGCACCUGGACAUGGACAAGCUUCUCCUUUACCCAGGUGUAGUAACCAUUUAUUGUGGGUGGGCUGUGCUGUUGAUUAUUUGUUGUGGGUGGGCUGCUGGACUAACAAGGGCACUGACCGGCAGGAGGUCAGAUACCCUGUUAGUCUGUUUGGAAAAGGGGAGAGAUGUGACGAGACCAAUCUCGCCACAUUGCAUUGGAGAAGCCUGGUUGCUCGCCUGCUGCCUUUGGACUAUGGCCCCCCUUUAAAAGACUUUAUUUUUGCCUGCAGAAAAGCUGUAUUCGUGCUUUUCUGCCUGGGGUUCAGUAGAUUUGUUUGAAUGUGUUAUACCCCAGAUAGGAAUCCCAUGGAGCCCAUUUGUAUGAAACUGACUGUAAAGACUUUGGCUCCAUGGCGAUUAAACUGUAUUCGUGUGGUCUGAGCGCCAUUCACUUAAUAAUGUGCGCUCAGACCUGAGCUAUCUGGGGAUAUGUUACAUGUCUGUGUUUUAUGUAAUGAAUGUGACUUUAUGUAUUUUAAAGUGUUUUGUGUCUUUUUGCAACCAUGUGCUUAAUGGAGUCUUGUGUCUGUCCUGGGAAAUAAUUGAAUUACUCUCCAGGAUAGAAGACUCUGAAACUGGUUUGGGCCAGAAAGCCAUGCUUCAUUUAGUCACAAAGGACUUUUUACUAACUUUUGAACCCCUUGUCUGAUUCAUGUCAUUUUUUAAUAUGUUGUUCCCCUGAAUGGAUUGAUUGUGAAUAUGUAAUUUUAUGUGAAUGUGAUGUAUGGUUUUAGAGUUAUGAAAGUUGGGUAGAAAGUAUGUUUUAACUGUAUGUGUAAUUGAGUUUCCUUUCUCAGGAUAAGGGGAGGGAAUAUGUGGGAUGUAACUGUGAUGUGAUUGGUUGUUUUAUACCUCCCUGUGGGCGGUCCUGUAUUUGCAAGACUGUAAUAAAAACCAGGCUGGGUGUGCCAGCACCUCAGACCACUGCUUGACCCUCAACACGAAGCCUUGUCUCGUUCUUGGGGGGAUUCACUGUAUGCUGUUAGAGACUGAUUGCCAGGAGUGUAAGCUGAUUGUCUGCUUUUCCUGUUCGUCUGCUAGCAGCUAUUUGGGAGGUUCCAGUUCGGGAGUUGGAGUGCUAUUUUGUAUCCAGUUUGGGAGUUUGAUGUUCUGCAGUAGCUGUGCCUGUAUCUCUGGAAAGGGGGCCGAUCGCCUAAACGGUUUUUACCCCUUGUGUGCAAAACGGUCCGUUACAAAUAUAUUUUCCAACAAAAUUCUUAUUGAUAUGCUACAUACCUCUAGAAUUGUAAGUAAAAAGUAAAAUUUGCAGGAUAAGUUAGUUCGAAACAUUCCUUUGGAGACCUUAUAAUAUGUGAUGGAAGUUAUUAAUGUACAGAAAUGGAUUCAACACAGCACAACUGGGAUUUUGGACUUAGUGUGUAAGAACAAUCUUAUUCCUUUUGUUCAAUUACAGGCAAACCACAAACUUCCUUUUAAGGAACUUUUUCAAUAUUUAAGAAUUAUAUUAUGUCUAAAACAUUACUUCAUAAUCAUAUUAUGGACUCUUUUUCAACUCUGAUUAAAAGUAAGGGGCUGAUUUCUAGAUCUUUUAAACUACUCAACUCAAUUGAACAAGUAUCUCAGAGUAUAAAUUAUUGGAUAUAAUUUAUUUGCACUUUAAGUAAUAAAUAUAUUGUAUUUGCACUUUAUUCACUAUUGUCUGACCAAUAUUUGUUUAUAGACUGUUUUAAUUGAUGAAUUAGCACUUAAAGGCACAGCGCACUUUUUUCUUUUUCUGUGUAUACUCAACUCAAUUGAACAAGUAUCUCAGAUAGCCCCAUAUGUAAAAUGGGAACAGGAUCUUGAUAAAAGCAUUCCUGCUUUUUGAUUGAACUCAAGCUACAUUAGUGAAACGUACUAUCACCUGUGUGUCCCUUUUUUAACUACUUCUAAAAUCAGUCUAUAGAUGGUACAUGGUUCCAGCUAGAAUGCAUAAGAUCUCAUCAGUCCACUUAAGAGACUGCUGGAGAUGUGGCCAGGAAACUGGAACUAUGUACCAUAUAUGAUGGGAAUGUAUAGGUCUGAGGAGUAUAAAAACUCAAAUGAUUAAUUUAAUCAAUUCCCUAUUUCUGGAAAUCAUUGAUAUUACCCAUCAAUUUCCAUUCUGAAAUAAAAUACAAAGAUACAUACUUACCCAUAUAUUGUUUGCAGUUAAAAUAUGUAUAGCCAGGGCUUGGAAAAAAAACAACUCCUAUACCAUGGUGGGAGAUAAUAGAUUAACUAGAUUUUCAUUAUAAGAUGGAGUAUAACUUUGUUUGCAGUUGGACAUCUUAUUCAAAAUUGGACAACAUAUAGAGAUAGCUACUAUAAAUAUCCCAGCAGAGAUUUGGUCCCAUGUCGAGUUCCUAUUAUUGGUUUUGACAAACAAGAAAGAGAGAAAACGUAUUAAUUUUAUAUAACUUGCUAAAUAUGAAUGUUAAACAUUUAAUAUCCUCAUAUUUUGUCUCUGACUUUUGUAUGUCUUGUGUUUGUGUUUAAGUCUGCUGUUAUCACUUUUUGGAGCAAACUAACAUAUACUAAAUAUGAUUUUGUCUGUCUAUAAUAAUGAUGCCAAUAUAUAUAUAUAUAUAUAUAUAUAAAAAGGGAGUGAAGGACACACUUCAAAAUACAUGUUUUAGUUUUGGUGUUGCUGUGCAAAAUGUAUAUAAAUUUCCAAGGGGGAAUUUAGGGUCUGAAGUCCCAGAUGUGGGACUGUUCAGCCCUGAUUCUCUUUGGAGUAUAGUUUAAGUCUAAAGAAGCCGCGCAUGCACAGCCAGUGGGGGAGAGAGGGGAGGAGCGAAGGUGAACCCAGCCAGCGGGGGAGACAGGGGAGGAGGGAAGGUGGACCCAAGCCAGCACCGAGGGACAUCUGUACUGGACUGAGGUAAGUGAAAGAAGGGGUUUUUAAGCCUUUCAGCACCAAGUUGUGGGGGCCCAAGAGAGGGAGAAGCUAGAGUGCCAGGAAUACAACUUUAUUUUUCUGGCACUAUAGUUUCCCUUUAAUUUUUGCAUCACUUUUUAGAUAAAUUGUCCCAGAAGAGCAUCUGUUUAAUGAAUAAAAAAGAAAAAAACAACAACUACCGUUUCAACCUUGGACUUCAAACAAAAGUCUUCAAGACUGGUAGAUACAUUUCUAGGCUAGCAGUUUCUACAAUCUUUGUUUUGGUUAUACUUGCAAUUUCCAGGUGUUUUAACAAUUGUAAGUGCAAUGAUUUUACUGUCGGCAACACGCUGGCGGUCAAAGUAGUGAACAUAGUGGAUGCGUAAAAACAAUAACGGUAACUAUCUGUCACAUUUCUAAAUGAUAAUGUGUAACCUUGCUCAGUUGUGAUAGAAACAAGUCAUCUAUUUGUGAAACAAAGGUUUGGAAUUUGGAACCUGUGACCUUCUACUACUUACGUGGCGACAGGUGUCAGUGUCAACUACAGAGGUGUCGGGUCUGGCCCAGUAUUUGCAUACUUCCUCUAAGGGAUGUGUUCACAGAUAGUGAAGCACUGGUUCCUUGGAAUGGAUUUGCGGGUUACUUUUUUAAGUGGGGGAGGGUGACAAGAAAAAUGGAGGCAGUAAGAAAAGGGCAAAAUACAAAAGAAAGAAAGAAGACAGAAAAAGCAGUAGAAGAAAAAAGAAGAUAAAAAAGGGGGUAUUAGAGUUAGGAGGUGGUCAGGCAUUGCGAAAAGUGGAGGGAACACCAGCGUGGCGUUAAUCGGUGGAUUAUCCGUUCGGAGAGAGCUAAGUGUGGUCCUCCGUGAUACAGUAGGUAUGGAAUUUUCCCUUCUGCUUGUGUUCUCUCCAUGUGUAUCCAGUGUUCGCAAUUCUGAGCAGGUGGGUCACUCUGUAGAACUUAAGAAUGGAAGGGAGACCAGUGCCUCCUGGCUAGCAGUUUUACCUAUGACUCAUUAUUAUGCAUUUUGAAUUGUUUAAUUACAUGAUUAUUUAUAGAAAGUCUAAUUGUUUGACAGGAUUACAAACAGUGAGUAAUAAACAUGACAUCUAAAAUGUGUUCUAAAAUAGCCAAGCUGCGGCGGCUAGGGGGUUGAAGCACUUAUGUGUCCAGUUGGAGAGUUAGGAAGAGAGCAUGACGGAGGUACUCAGUCUGGGUGCCUAACGGUCUGUCACGGUCUCUAUUUGCUUUACUUGCUGUUCAUUAGUGAAUAAUUGUGCCUGAAAUAUAAAGGAUCUUUUGUUAAACUUCUUCAGUGGAUAUAUAUUUUCUCAUAUCAUAUUAUCCACUUACUAACUCUUUGACGGCAGGAUUCCAAUGGCUGUCAACCCUUUUUUACUCAAAUCACUUUACUGACAUCAGAUUAAAAUAUUAUUUUCCUUUGUUUUUACUUUUAGACAACAGAAAUCUAUACAGAGAACCCCUCAGUAAGUAUUAUAAUAUUAUUAACUUUGCUCUGUCACAAUUUGAAAAGAAGGGCAAUGUGGAUUUCCUUAACUUUAUCUCCAGCUACUUUGGAGUCAUGUUUGUCAAUGUGUUAUUCAUUUUGGUUUUUAAUAAAAUAUGUUUUAUUAUAAAGCACGGCUCUUUGUACUGUCCUUUGCACAGGUUUGACAAGAUCUGAACAUCAUACCAAAGUUUCAGUGAUUGGCAUGGAGUUAAGAUCCAGGAGAUUGCUAAAUACAUCCCUGUGGAUUUCUACAUUUAAUGUUUUUUCAGACUUCAGAAACACAUAUUUGUUAAAAAUAGAGAAUAUGUAAAAAAAUGGAAAAUCCUCAGCUGUGACAAAGUCCCUUUUGCAGUCAAACAAAUAUACACAAACACACAUACACACACACACACACUAGACACCAGUGAACAAAAAGCAAAAUUGCACGUAUAUUGUAUAAAAAGCCUGUCAAUGCUAGCCAAAGAUCAUGGACCUCAGGUCCUUGAUACUCGGGUCUACGGGACUUCUUGUUCUCAGGGGGACUAUUUUUAAGCACAUUAAACAAUGCAUAUAUGACAUAUAUAUGACAAAUAAAAAUCAUGUGUUCUUUAUUAUCAAUCCAACACAUACAUAUAGUGUACAAAAUUACUAUAGAAUAUUACAAGUUUCUAAUUAUAGACUUAAAUAUAUACCCAUGAAUAUAUACAUGGUAACAUAAUCAGCCAUCCAGAAUAUAAAUUGUAUCCAGUAAUCCAAUGUUACAAAAAAAUAAUUCAAAAAAUAAUUAUGCAUGUAUACAAUGGAUUACAUAUCAGUCACCAAAAUAAAAAUGUCACCAAACCUUUUGGCCCAAGGCCUUUAUUAAGGGAGGGCAUUUUAUUUUGGUAUUGGCCGGAUUCUCCUCUCUUCCCAUACAGUAAUUUAAUGUUAUACAAAACGAUCGCUCAAAAACAAUUAUGCAUAUAUCAAGUGGAUUAUAUGCCAGUCACCAGAAAAUUAAUAAGAAGAGUGGGGAGUCCAACCAAUACCAAGAUAAAAAUGUAAUCUCUUGAUAAAAGUCUUGGAUUAAAAUAUUGGGGUGAGGGAGUUGGAUUUAAAUUUUUAUGUGUUAGAUUUGUAAUAUAUAUAAUAUGAUUUUUAUUUGGUGUGCUCCUAUGUCAUAUUUGGAUGAGUAGUCUUUGCCCUGAGGAAAGUAUGUUCUGCUUACUAUAACACUUAUUUAUUCAUUUACAUAUAUUUCCUGUUUUUAUCAUGCCAAAGUAUUUUUAACAUUGCUAUCCUUGUGAGGGUUAUUAAUCCUUUUUUUUUUUUAGUUAACAGCAAACCAUUGUAUUAACUCUAAAUGAGAAGAAUUUGCUAAUAUUCUAAUUCUUCUUUUAGACAACAGGGUCCCAUACAGAAUUCCAGACGGUGAGUUUUAAAAAAAAAAUAUUAAAUAAUACUUUGCAUUUGUCACUCUGAGAAAGAAAUAAUUAGCUGACAUAAUCAGGCAAAAUGGAAAUACGGUGCAAUACACCACACCGUAGAGACACGUGAGACUAUGGGAUAUUUGAGAGCAUCACAAUUGAUAGAGUGCAUAUUUACGUUGGAAGUAUAAUUUUAAAUUAAAUAUCAGUGCCUAAAAUGUUCGUGUGACUGCUAGUUUAUUUUUCUGGCAACUUACAUACUGCUUAGGAGCAGUUGUUGAGGUCAUUUGGAGGAUUAAUGCUGUGUGAGGAUAGUGGUGACAUGUAGAGAAAUAUAAAACUCAGGCUAUAUUCAGGCUAUCACAUAUUUUUUUUUAAUAACAAAAAAAUAAAAAUCUAGCAUUUAACCCUAAAAUGGAAACCUGUCCCUAAAUGUCAUAUGAUGCCACAUAACCUAUAAAUUAGACUUGUGUAUUCAUUUUCAAACAAAUUGCGAUACAUCCGAAUUUUGGGCUGCCAGUGAAUUAUCUGAAUUCCGUAACUCUGGACUACAGUAUGAUCAAAUCAUGGAACAAACAAAAUGGACAAUGGAUGAGCUGUUUGAGUCAUAAUUUAGAAUUCUGUAUCUGGCGCCAAAAAAAUAAAUGAUUGCUGGGAAAUAAAAUGAUUGGUUAUUGGGGGACAGCCACUAAAUGUUGAUUUUAUUCACAAAUCAAGUGAGAAGUGACCAAUAGAGGCAUUAAAAAGAGGUGCGGUAAAAAAAAAAAAUUGAUUUUUUUUCUUUUUACUGCUCCUCUUUUCCCCCCCUGUAAUGGUUAUCUCUUCUCAUUUGAUCUGUGAUCAAAAUGACAGGAAAAUUGUUCUAUCGAUCUACUACAAAAUAUAUACAAAAUAUUUAUAUUUUGCACUACACUGAUUUUUGCACUGUUUGUCCAAAACAAUUGUGUAAUACUAUAAAUAAAUGUUAAAACUGCACCAAUAUAAAUGGGACUCAAAAGAUGUAGAUAAUAAGAUCGCCUUAGGGUGCCUACCCUUAGAUGUAUGGAGGGUAUAGCCAGAACUCCCUCUCAGCUGUUUGGUGGUACCGCCACAAUAUGGAAGUCCGGACUCAGGAAAUGGUAAAAAUAAUCUGCUAUUACGUUGUACGUGCUGCGUUCUCUUCCUAAAUGCUUUUCCUAGACCAGGAGUAGGCAACCUACGGCACUAGUGCCAUGCACGGCACUCGAGGUGCCUUUGCACGGCACUCGAGGUGCCUUUGCACGGCACUCAAGGCUACUAGAGCCAAACAGGGUCUGGCCUAUCAGAAGUCCCAGUAAAACUUCGGAUAUCUGCUAAUACGAAGAGGUGGUGAAGGACAAUCCUCAAUUUAUGCAUUGCAGCAUGUAGAGGAAGUGAUCUCAGAGCACUUCAUUCCAGCACUUGUGAAUGGGAAUCCACACAGUAGUAGAGCAGCUCACAGUUGUUGUUGCAGCUCCAGUCCUUGACCUGUACCUGGCCAACAUGAUCUCCACUGGAACCCAGGGAAGCCACCCACACUGCUAGAUAUACACAGAAAUGCAGAAAGACCCUACCCUCAUACAAAUAAUAUGGACAACCCACACACAAACAUAUACACAAUCCGCACAAACGCAAUACCACUAACAAUCCACAUACAUGCACACAACCCCACAUGCAGCCUCUCACAUGCAAUACCCCAAACAGCCCCCACACAUACACACACUACCAAACACACAAUGUGACAUAUCCACACACAAUUCCACAAGCAGCCCUCAUACACAGCCCACAUUUAUAUGUAUCAUACACGAUACCAUAAACUACUAAUGAACAUAUUCAAUCUAAUAGCUCAUAUAAACACAAAUACAAUUAUACAAAGCAAUUACAGUGUAAAUAACACAAGAAGAAUACGGCAACAUACACACGUCAAUUUAAAAAAAAAAAAUAGGAUCGGCACGCUAUGGGACAUCACAAUCCUAUAUCGGCACAGUGCUGCUAAAAGUUGCCUACCCCUGUCCUAGACCAAAAAACUAAAAUUCUAUUAAUAUUAUUCAUUAAAACUCCGAAUGGCCCCACACCAAACAGGGCAGAACCAUCGGUGUUUAUGUUAUUUAACUAGGUCAAGAUUUAACAGACAAGGCCCUGAAUGACAAACCAAUAUUAAACCUCCAAAAGAUUAUGUGAAUGCAAUAAAUCAAUGAUACAGUCAUCAGCAUGCACUGCUACACAAAAAUGCAAAUAAAUAAUCAAAAUAAACCAAAUGAAAUAUACUUAUAUAUGUGUGUCUUGUAUGAGUACUCUUAUAUUCCAGACGCAUCUAAAAUAUAAACAACCAGGAUAGUACAGAGAAACUCUAAAACUUCUAAUUAUACCUCGCAAAAAAUAGACCUCAACUCACUUGGUCCAAAGCCUGAAAUUCCAGCUCUGGCAAAUCAGGCAUAAUGAGGGAGGUGAACACCCCACUUAUGCCGGGCUCCUCCAUCAAUGGUACCACUGUAACAUUAUAAUUGUAGAUUAUGCUAGCUAAACUGUACCUAUAAUCUUAAUUUUAUUAAUGACAGUAGGUGAAUAUUUUGCUUUACGUUAUUUACUGAACUCCAUAGCAGCAAAGAAACAGAUGAGAACAUAAAGUAUGAAACAGAAAUAAAAUUACAUUGCAUUAGCAUAAAAAAUAAAAAAACAUCAAAAAAACCCUACAAAAAAAAUAGCCUUGAAAGUAGCAGAAGCGUCAAAGUCCAUUUUAGAGCUAAAUAGGACAAUCCACUUCUGAAAAACAAACUGAAACAGAAGAGAAAACACAAAGGGAACAGUGGAAGCAUUGUAUCCAACUACAGACAUCAACAUUGUCAAAGGAAAAAAAAUAUUUCUAAAGUCUAAACAGCAAAUCACAAAUAACAUGUACAAUAACAACAAUAAGUAUAGCAUAAUCAUAAAUAUAUCAAACAAUAAAGGGAGGUAGGGAGGGGAAUAUUUGCCUCCUGUCUUUAAUAAAAUUAAGAUUACGUGUACACUAAAGCUAGCAUAUUCUACAAUUUUAUUACAUGACAGGAGGCUUCAUAUUUUGUAGGUUUUAAAAAAGAGGCAUAGGAAGAACGUCUAAAGUUAAAGACACAAAACAUAUCUUCCCUCAUCCAAUCUGCCAAACCAAGAUGUAAACCAGAGAAGCACCGGAAGUAAAGGCUGUAAAAAAACAGCCAUGCCAAUAUGGAUGUAAAAAACAGGCUUGCAUGAAGUAAAUGAGAAACUACCCUGAGCAAAGCAGUAACCUCUAUGUACUGAAGGAGAGCAGAAACUACACAAAGCUUUGCAAAAUCCUGAAAAAAAUACUGCGUAAGAAAUACAGAAGAAGAAUCUGAUUUCACCCUUCACGUAAUAUUGAAGGUGACCGCAUCCAAGGAAAAGUAAAAAUCAUCUACAUUACAUACCCAGAUGUCAUAGUCACAACGGAAAGAGACAACAAAAGUGUGAUAUUUGUCAAAGAGAGUUCAUUGUUGCCUGUCCAAGCUUGAAGGAAAUACAGAAGUAAAUUCCCAUCCCAAAGGUGGGAACACUUAGUGACCAGAAGGUGGGACAUCUUUAUGCCUCGCAAAAGUUAGCACAAAAAAUAAAAGAAAGAAGAAAAAGGAACUUUAGCUAUAGACUCUUAAAAUGAAUCUAAUUUAAUUGUGCAUAUAAAGACAUUCCCAAAGAUGAAUCAAUGUGAAAUCGAAUUAUCUUUAUUUAAGAGACUGGGGAUUGUCCAAUAUCACAUAUUGCAUAACCAACAUAUUACAUGUGUUAUUAAAUGUAGAGUGGACACAAAAUAACUUUACAACUCUUUUUAUUUUAUAGUCAGAUUAUGAAUCUCACAUCUCUCAAAACUCUACAGUAAGUAUUGUGCAACUUAUCUUAAGGGAAAAAUAGUUAAAGAGAGAUUUAUCCAGAAUUAAAUGAUGUAUGGCAUAGAUUAGUGUUGGAGGGUGUUUGAAUAAGACUCCACAGCUAUAUCCUGGACAAAUCAAUCGAAUAAACAGGAUUAAACAAAAAAGAAAGUUGAUUUAACACGAUUCCAAAUGGAUAAAUUAAUUUCCAUCUAUCCAUGUUGCAGCAAGCUAAUGACUACUUAACCUAAAGCUAAUCAUCUUAAUCACAAUUUUCAAAGUAUACAGUUUUUCCAAAACAUUACUGCACAUAACACUAGCAGGAUUAUUUGCUAAAGUGAUAAUUUUGUGGAAGCCAGCAAUACUUCCAGUUUAAUUGUUUUGGUAUAAAAUUUGAAAUUUACUUUUAAUUUCUCUUUAAAUUCCUGAUAUUUUUCACUUUAGUAAAUAGCCCUAUGAUUGUUAGCAGCAAUAUUUAGACAAUAAUGGAUAAUAGGGACACAUUCUGUAAGACAGGUAUAGUCACAUCUAGGCUAUUUUGGUGUAAGUUUUUAAAUGUGGCCUUUAAUUUAUUACAUUUCCAUGUUUAUGAUAUAAUAGUUACUUUGAAUCGUCUCCUAAUUCCAUUAUGCUGGGUAGAUGAUUUUGAGGUAUCCCACAUCAUCUAUAGAUAUGUUUACGAAUUGUAUUGAAAUGUAUGAACUGUUUAAGGUACUAGCACAUGUUAAAGACAAUUUCUCAUUUGACAUGGCCUUUACUUUACAUAAUUUAUCAUAUGAUAAUGUUUUUUUUUUUUCUUUCAGGAAUCAUACUAUUCUACGAUCCAGAAUUUUGUAAGAAUUUUUUUAUUUACUUUUUAUUUUUUUUCAAGCUAAAACAAUCACAUUAUGUGACAAGCAUAAUAAAAAAAAGAUUUAAACAUUCCUAAAGAAACAAGUAUGACUUCAUAUAUUACUUUUUGUACUAAACUCUUUAAAGUAGCCACAAUGAAAAGUAAUAGUGUUUGGACAUCUACUAGUGGAAGUGCAAAUGUAAAUUUUCAUUGCACUACCUGAGAAUAUUCUAUUUUUUUCUAAAUACUUAUGUUCAAUAAUUAUUAAAUUAAAGAAACAAAACAAACCACAAACAAUUUAAAAUGUUUCUGUUAUGACUAUAGUGUUGAGGGAAAGAAAUGAGUUAAGAUGAUAAAAUGAAUAGAAAAAUGUAAAAAAAAGAAAACCAAGAAAACAUACACAUAUAGUACAUAAAGAUAUAUAAAGUCAAAGUUAUGAACUAAGUAAAUUAAAAGUGAAAAUAACUGAAUUGGAAAAAUUCUCCAUAGUGGACUUUGGUUCCAUUUACAUUGAAUUCUUGGCAAGUCACAUUUUAGCGAGUAUGAAUGAUCUCUUAAAAGAUAAUUUUGUUGAUAUACAAAAAGUAGAUAAAAAAAAGUUGCAUUUCUGAUUCUGGUAUUGGGCUUGAUUUGUGUUAUGAACAAUUUAGGGAUUCUCUUCUAUUCUCGUAUAACUCAAAUGAGUUGUUGUUGAGGCUUUACAUGAAUCUGAGUUUUUUUUGAUGAGUAGAUACAUUUAUUAAACAUAUAGUAAUACUGAUACUAUUGGAGAGUUACCAAGGAACUCCACUGGUGCAUUCUAAGACUUUAUAGUUGGCAGUGUAGAAGAGAUGUGGACCAUCCCAACAUCAAAACAAAACUAUAUCUGGCUAAUCUACUAUUUGGUUGGGAAUUGGACAUCUCAAGAUAACAGUCUGUUCUUGGGCAAACAUUUUUUACAAACCACAACAUCCAGUAAGUCUUGGGUCUGGCUAUUUAAACAUAGCAACACCUGCAGGCAAAAUACACACUGAGACAGGUGUGUGUAAGAGGAAAGACAACAUGCAUGUAUACCCCCAACUUCCCUCACUCUUAACCCCCCCACUCCGCAUCAAUCGUCUCUGAAAGUAAUGCAGAAACAGUUCAUGAGGACAGCUCAAAUAUGGAUAGAAACAUGAACAUGAUUAUGUCAGGUAAAGAGCAAUUCUAUACUCACAACAAGCUUUUAUAUUAUACAAACUAAGAAGCAAAUUAGACAGAGACAUUCAUUACUUGCAGAUCUCUCAUUGAUGGGGUUCAGGAAAUACUUUGGUAUGAACCCUUUCAAGGAACUUUAACACUAUGUGAUUUGGUUAGGGAGAUCUGACACAGUACAUAUCCCUUUCAACUUGUAAGAGGUAGAACUGGGAAGAUGAGAUAUCAUAUAUCUUCCUAACAUUCUAAGAAACCAUGAUGCUGAGAAAAGGGGUAUGCCCCAUUGUUACAACAUUGUCCCCCUGGACACUAAAAAAGCCACUCCCAUGCACUCAAAAGGUAGCCAAAUAGGUUGGCUUAUAAAAUUAAUAUUUUUGAUCUGUGAUAAUUUUUAUUGAAGAAUUCCAAAAAACAAUAGAAGAAAACAUUGGUAACAUAACAUUGUAGAGAAUGUAAUUAACUGUAAAACUAUGUAGCCAAUAAUAGGGGUCUAAUUCCUAAGACCUAUUGACAUAUACAUUUUGAUAUCUAAUACAGUAUAUGGGAAGAAUAACAUAUAGAAAACAAGUAAGCAAUAUUAAGGAUUAAAUCCCUAAAUCCCUUUCCUCAGAUGUUGAGGUUAGUAGGGUAUCAAAUAUGUUAUACUCUGUCCUUAUUGGAAUUCAAACUUAAAGAUUGCAGUUUAUUGAUGAGCCUUCUAUGUGGAACAGUGUCAAAAGCCUUACUGAAAUCUAGGUAUGCAAUGUCUACUGCACCACCCUGAUCUAUUAUUUUAGUUACGCAAUCAAAAAAAUCAGUUAGAUCAGUUUGGCAUGAUCUCCCUGAAGUAAACCCAUGUUGUCUCUGAUCUUGAAAAUAGUGUAUGAAAUAUGAUAAAAUAUAGCUAUUGAGAAACAUAAAGUGAAGGCGACCAAACACUGCUGCUUGCAUUCGUGCGACCAAGAUGGCUGCCACCACUUGUUCGCGCAUACCAACGGCGGCCACCGAGCUGACCACUUAGAUCACUGAGGUGUAAAUCAUUAAAAGGUGUCAAUAGGACUUAACAAGCAUCCAGGUGGUCUUUAGUUCGUGAGGUUGUUCGGUUCACAAACCAUACAGGGAAAUCCCACGAACCAAGUCUUUUAGCAUGUAUUUUACAUGGCCCAUAGUCCUUGGGCAGGAGGCUAGCCAGCAGGCUCCUCCAGGAGUUCGUAGGAGAGACAUCUUUGGCACAGGUUAUUAUUGAUUUUUAUUUAGCAAUUUGGGGGGAGAAAAAGUAAAGAAAACCUAGGAAGAAAUAAGACUUCUAUAGGCAAAUCUAAUUUUUCUUUGCUUACCGGAAUUAGUUUAUUUGGACCUACAUCACUAUAAUUUAGAUGAAAUAGGUUGAUCGAGUUUUUUUUUGGGGGGGGGGGCGUGGCUAGGGGCUUAGGAACUCCAAGCCACCUUGUAGGAAAAGGGGACUAUAUGACUGGUCCAAACAUUUGUGGGUGUGGACAAUGGCAUGUCUAACUUCCUUAUGUUAGUAAUACACCCACCAAAAGCCCAUUGGUAGGGGUUAGACAGUAGCAUGUGGGGUGGGGAUACAAUGACAUUUAUUAUACUAUAUUACCAUUACUAUAUUAAUAGCUACCCUACCCACCACCCAUGAAUGGGACCGGACAGAGGAAAUUGGUGUCCCCAAUUAUUCUUGUUUUUUUAGCACCUAACUAUUGUCCAUGGCCAGCAAGUGGGAGCUCUAUAAAAAUAACAUGAAGAACUAGCUAAACUGAAUAUUACACCAAUAUCUACAUUAAUAUGGACUUUGGCUUCUGCAUACUGUCAAAUCAAUUUAAUUAAGUAAAUUAUUAGUAAUAUAUGUUUAUUAAUCAUUAAAUGUUUCGUACCUUGAACACUUGACUGGUGAGAUCUCAAACAUUAUUUUUUAAACAUUCUACACAUAAAUAGUUUUAAUAACAGAAUUAUGUUUUUUAAUAUGCUUUAUAAAUAUUAAUAAGUAACUGUUACUAUAUAAUCUGCAAAGAUAAUGAAUGCAUUUUUUUAAAAUCUUUUACAGACUAUUUCACUGAGCACUACAGUAAGUACAAUACAUAAAAAAAUUCAUAUUAAUCAGGUAAACUCAGUGGUUCAUGAAAACAAUAAAACCCUUAAUUUCCAUUUAUUUUGUUAAAAACAAUUAAGCAUACAGUUUACGUAAACAAGGAGCAUACGUCUAGAAUAAUAAGUAUGAAUAAAACAUUUCAGCUAUACAGAAAGUGAUAGCAUGAGUUCAUGAGAGUGUUAUUCGUGCUUGUGUAUGUCUAUAAUGAUGCUACUCUCUUGAUUGAAUUGAGGCCGUUAGAGAGAAGGCUUAUUAUUUUCAUCAUAACAUUUCCAUAAUAAAGAGAGUCACUCCUUGGAGACAGUAAAGCCAAUCAUGUGCUGAUAUAAUAUGUUGCCAUUAUAGAAUGUUCAUGUUCACUAGAUGCAGUACAGCUUUAAAGGAACAUUAUAGUCACCUAAACAACUUUUGCUUAAUGAAGCAGUUGUAGUGUAUAGAUAAUGCCUCUCAGGUUUUACUGCUCAAUUCUCCGCCAUUUGGGAGUUAGAUCACUCUUUUUCUGUUUAUGCAGCCCUUGUCACAUCUCCCUGGGCUCUGAUUAACACAACCGGCAUCAAAAAAAAUGGUUUCACUUUCAAUCAGAUGUAAUUUACCUCAAAAAUUUUAUCUCUUGCUCUGCAAAUUGAAUGUUAAUCACAUAAAGGAGGCUCUUGCAGGGUCUAGCAAGCUAUUAACAUUGCAGGGGAUACGAAAAUAUAAAUUAAACAGAACUUGCAAUAAAGUAAGGAUUAUGUUUAGAUUACUCUUUACAGGAAGUGUUUAGGAAGGUUGCGCAAGUCACAUGCAGGGUGGUGUGACAAGGGUUCAUAAACAAAGUGAUUAAACUUCUAAAUGGCAGAGAAUUGAGCAGUGAGGCUGGAGUGGCAUGUUCUAUACACCAAAACUGCUUCAUUAAGCUAAAGUUGUUUUGGUGACUAUAGUGUCCCUUUAAGGCAGAUUUCAAAUUUUCUGUCCAUAUGUUACUGCUUGGACAGUUUUGACACAUAGUGGUCUUUAAGGCUGGCAUGUCCUUGCAAUUCUUUCCUCCUUCCAGACCCAUUGUUUAUGAUCUUAUCACUAUUGCUCCUGACUGGUUGGUAUUGUUGAUAAAACAGGUAGUGACCAUUCAUAUUUUACUGUUUAAUUUGUUUUUGAAUGAUCUAGCUCAACUGUGAAAAACAAGACACUUCAUAUAAUACAAGACACCAUAUAUGUCCCUGAACAAUAGUUCAAAAAAUCAAAAAAUCAUUAAAAACCCACUUCUUCAUAAAAGCGUAUCAAUUAAACUGUUAAUAGCUCCCGACUGAUUCCUCUUCUGCAACUGUCACUAGUUUAAUACUAUCCUUACCUUUUGUGUCACUUUACCCCACUCCCUCUAGCAUGUAAGCUCAUUGAGCAGGGCCUUCAACCCCUCUGUUCCUGUGUGUCCAACUUGUCUGGUUACAACUACUUGUCUGUUCGUCCACCCUCUGUAAAGCGCUACGGCGCUGUAAAGCGCUACAACUAUACAGGGAGUGCAGAAUUAUUAGGCAAGUUGUAUUUUUGAGGAUUAAUUUUAUUAUUGAACAACAACCAUGUUCUCAAUGAACCCAAAAAACUCAUUAAUAUCAAAGCUGAAUAUUUUUGGAAGUAGUUUUUAGUUUGUUUUUAGUUAUAGCUAUGUUAGGGGGAUAUCUGUGUGUGCAGGUGACUAUUACUGUGCAUAAUUAUUAGGCAACUUAACAAAAAACAAAUAUAUACCCAUUUCAAUUAUUUAUUAUUACCAGUGAAACCAAUAUAACAUCUCAACAUUCACAAAUAUACAUUUCUGACAUUCAAAAACAAAACAAAAACAAAUCAGUGACCAAUAUAGCCACCUUUCUUUGCAAGGACACUCAAAAGCCUGCCAUCCAUGGAUUCUGUCAGUGUUUUGAUCUGUUCACCAUCAACAUUGCGUGCAGCAGCAACCACAGCCUCCCAGACACUGUUCAGAGAGGUGUACUGUUUUCCCUCCUUGUAAAUCUCACAUUUGAUGAUGGACCACAGGUUCUCAAUGGGGUUCAGAUCAGGUGAACAAGGAGGCCAUGUCAUUAGAUUUUCUUCUUUUAUACCCUUUCUUGCCAGCCACGCUGUGGAGUACUUGGACGCGUGUGAUGGAGCAUUGUCCUGCAUGAAAAUCAUGUUUUUCUUGAAGGAUGCAGACUUCUUCCUGUACCACUGCUUGAAGAAGGUGUCUUCCAGGAACUGGCAGUAGGACUGGGAGUUGAGCUUGACUCCAUCCUCAACCCGAAAAGGCCCCACAAGCUCAUCUUUGAUGAUACCAGCCCAAACCAGUACUCCACCUCCACCUUGCUGGCGUCUGAGUCGGACUGGAGCUCUCUGCCCUUUACCAAUCCAGCCACGGGCCCAUCCAUCUGGCCCAUCAAGACUCACUCUCAUUUCAUCAGUCCAUAAAACCUUAGAAAAAUCAGUCUUGAGAUAUUUCUUGGCCCAGUCUUGACGUUUCAGCUUGUGUGUCUUGUUCAGUGGUGGUCGUCUUUCAGCCUUUCUUACCUUGGCCAUGUCUCUGAGUAUUGCACACCUUGUGCUUUUGGGCACUCCAGUGAUGUUGCAGCUCUGAAAUAUGGCCAAACUGGUGGCAAGUGGCAUAGUGGCAGCUGCACGCUUGACUUUUCUCAGUUCAUGGGCAGUUAUUUUGCGCCUUGGUUUUUCCACACGCUUCUUGCGACCCUGUUGACUAUUUUGAAUGAAACGCUUGAUUGUUCGAUGAUCACGCUUCAGAAGCUUUGCAAUUUUAAGAGUGCUGCAUCCCUCUGCAAGAUAUCUCACUAUUUUUGACUUUUCUGAGCCUGUCAAGUCCUUCUUUUGACCCAUUUUGCCAAAGGAAAGGAAGUUGCCUAAUAAUUAUGCACACCUGAUAUAGGGUGUUGAUGUCAUUAGACCACACCCCUUCUCAUUACAGAGAUGCACAUCACCUAAUAUGCUUAAUUGGUAGUAGGCUUUCGAGCCUAUACAGCUUGGAGUAAGACAACAUGCAUAAAGAGGAUGAUGUGGUCAAAAUACUCAUUUGCCUAAUAAUUCUGCACUCCCUGUAUAAAUAAUAACAUAAUAAUAAUAAUAAUAAUAAUGUAUUCUUUGUAACAUACUUUAACAUAAAAAAUAUGCAUGGAUAUAGAUUGCUUGUUGAAGGCAUUCCAUAUUGUAUCCAGUAAAGUCUCCAAACAACAGACAAGAAGCAUGGCUGAGAUUGUACUGAUCCAGGAGUCACUAUAUACAUGGUGGAAAUCGAAACUUAGCCUGAAUAUGGAAAGCAGACAAACAUUCCAGCAUCACUAUAGUUCAUGUUGAAAUACUUCAAACAGCCAUUUAUCACAUCUAGGGUGCAGACCUCUUGUUUGUGAAUCCUUAUGUACUCCCCCCAAAAAUCCACAAUUUUAGAGAUUGUCUUAAAUUAGAAAUAAGUACAAUAAGGCUCUGCAUUUGUUUUCCAAUUUUAAUUUACUGGAAAGCAUAAUUGAAUAGUUUUAUAAUCAUAUAUCAUAUUCUUUCGUUCAUUUCAGAGCAACAUUACAACCAGUGGUGCUAUUGGGUCGAAAGACAAUGUAAGUGUUUUGGAGUAGUCAUUCUGGACAUACUGUAAAUGAAAUAUUUGGAAGAAUUACACUGUAUGAUUUCUUUGCAGUCAAAUGUUUCCACUUUAAAACAAUAGCACAUACAUUUGGGUUAGCAGAGUAGUAAUUAACCAAAUGGCAUUGUUUAAACACGGGGAACGUAGCAAAUUCCACACCAGGGCAAUUCUUUGCCUAUGGAGACUAUAUGAGAGUGUGAUUUUUUUCAAAUACCUGUUGUCAAUGUUGUGGUUGAAAUAGUCAAAAAAUUUUAGCUAGAAGAGAUGUCCACUAUAUGUGUGGCCAUACAGCGCAAAUAAUGCUCGAUUGUUGAUGCAUUUCUCAAAUUUUCUGCAGGAGCACAUAUGUUGAGAAAUGCAUUAAUAUAGCAAACUGUGAGCUGAGAACAACUAAGAACUGCAAACAUAAAUGGCAAUAUGUCUUUGUAGCAUCACUGAUGCUUGGCUCAAAGAAAAUCAUUAUGAAUAAAGACUAGAUUCCGAUGAGAUAUCCACCUAAUGGACAUAUUGGAUAUCAUGGAAAAUGGAGAGAAACGGGAUAAGGAAGUGUGAACACACAUACUUUUUUCACACACAGGCAUUAUUUUUCACCUGGGACGAAGAAAGACUGAAUAUAUAUAUAUAAAAUGCAUACAUCUAAUUCACAUGAAUUUAGAGCAAGAGACGGCAGCAGGAUGCACUAUGUUUUGGGCAAUAUUCUUUGGUUCUACCAUUUGUAUGGAUGUUAUCAUCAUGGCAAUUGUCAUGGUGUUCCUUGUUGGCAAUGGCCUCUUUGAGCAGGGUAAUGCAUCUUGCCACACUGCAAAAAUUGAUCAGGAAUUUUUGAGGACCAUGACAAAGAGUUCAAGGUGUUGCCUUGGCUUCCAGAUUUUCCAGAUAUUAAUGCGAUGGAGCAUCUGUGUGAUCUGCUGGAACAACAAAUCCGAUCUGCUGCUAAGGUCUUGGUGCCAGACACAACAGGUGAUUUUGAGAGGAAGGGGACCUAAACGAUAUUAGGCAGGUGGUUUUAAUGUUGUGGCUUUAUAUACAGUAUAUAUAUAAAAUGUAUAUUUAUUUAUAACAUUCUACAUGUUUCUUUUUAGGCAUUAGUAAUCGGUCUUUCUGUUGGGAUACCAUGUGCUUGUUUGCUAUUAUUGGCAAUUGGACUGACUUUAUUCUGUUUACAUCGGAAAAAACAAUCACCUAAGGUAAAAUAUUACACGCUUACUACUGGGAUGUAUUGCAUCUAUAUGUAAUGACCACAUGACUAAUGAACAAAGAAACUUUUUGCUGUAGUAAGGCAGUCCAAGCACCAUAACCACUACAGAUUAUUAAACUAGUAAUGGUACAAAGUAUCUGUGGACACCACCCUACUGGUGUGUGUCAUACUGUUGACAAAAAUUAUUUAGAAUUUUCAAUAUCUACUGCUGUCUGCCCAGCUCCAUGAAUACAAUCUCAUGAACUUGUUCAACUUUGAGCAACCCCCUUCAUUGGUUUCAGCCUUUCGUAGCUGUGCGGAGUUGAAGGUAACAUUGUGGAAGUUCACUUGUGUGUUACCCAGCGGUGUAUUUACAGCGAGGCUGACAAGGCAUUUGCCUUGGGCGUCACUUUCAGGGGGCAGCAAAAAAAUAUGCCCCCCAAAUGCCCUAGCAAAUGCCUUGCCAGCCUCAGAGAUGGUAAUGGAAUCCCACUGGCCAUCAAAGUCCAGUUGUAUGACAGAUAAGCAGUGUGCUACAAGUAUUACCACUCCGUUAAAGAAACAACAUUUAUGUAUAAUGCUCAAAUAUUGUGCUGCCAUGUCAAAUUGGUCCCCCGUUUCACUGCAAAUAAAUGGCUAAAUGACCUCUAAUCUAGCAAUAAGAUGGAACUUCUCCGCAGCUCCGCUCCAUUCACUGAGAGAUCUUCGGUGCUGAUUAUCUCACAGCUUCUUACAGAAGCACUAGGAGGCAGGGAGCAUGCAUGAAGUGAAAAAAGAGGACACACUGUUAACCUCUAAAGCACCUCAAAACCUGUAAAGCACCUGAAGUGCUCCAGGGGUGUGUGACCUUCAUAGAACUAUGGUAUUAUUCUAAACAAGGGUUCCACGACAUUCGGCGCUCCAGGUGUUAUGGGUAACAUCUCCCCUCAUGCUUUGCCAGCAUUAUGGCUUUAAGGGCAUUAUGGGGGAUGGGUUUCACAACAUCUGGUAUCCUGAAUGUUGCCUAUCUCUGUCCUAAAAUAUAACUCCAAUUUUAGGACACUGAAUAUUCCCAGUUCUAUAUAUUACAUAGACCAGUAGUAGGCAACCUUAAGGGUGUCAUAUGCUAUGGACUACAUCUCUCAUAAUGCUCUUACAGCCAUAAUGCUGCAAAGCAUCAGGGGAGAUGUAGUCCACAGCAUCUGGAGUGAUGAAGUUUUCCUGCUUCUGACAUAGAUGAUGCAUUAAAAAAAUGUAAUUGAGGAGUUUUGGAGACUUUCAGAAACAACUCAAACUUUCGCUUUGUGUAUUAUGAUGUCUCCAAAUAACCUUUCACUAAAAAUUAGAAACUGCAAAACAUUAGUAACAGAAAUAUUUAUUUUGCAGGAUAAGAUCAACUUAGAAAGAUCUGUGAGUAAUCCGUAUGCCACGACAAUUAAGGCUCCAAGUUUAAACUCAGAAAUUUAUGACGAUGUUGGUGUUAGAAUUCCUGAAGAAACAUAUGAAGGGGUUAUGCCUAACGAUGAAGAAAUAUAUCAAACCACUAUAUCUUAACUAGAGUAAAUAUAUCUAUGAUUGUAAAAGAAGACCAGUGGAAAUCCACAGAUAAAAACGAGUGAUCGAGAAAAAAAUAUGCAAACAUCACGUAGUGUAAAACUGUAUUACAGAGAUAAGGUUGAGGGAUGGAAUCAAAAUCACAUGAUGCCGAGCAGUAUUAGAAUUGUUUUCAUAUAUAUAUUGUACACUGCUAAUAUUUGGCACACCAUCCUGAUUAUACUUUUGCUAUAUUUGUGUUACUUUUAAUUGGUCCUGUACUGGAUUUUUAGAUUGUGAUAAUUUAGAAGUUUUAAUAAAAUAUUCCUGAUUCUCACAUUUGAAUCCCUGUGUACUGCUGAGUGGAACUUAUACAAGCCUGUAUGGGCACACCGUUUUUUUUUAGACCAAGCCUAGUAUGUCUCUGUAUCAUGUGAGUUUGACUCCAUCCCUGUAAUACAGUGUAACACUAUGUGAUGUUUGUAUAUUUUCUUCAGGAUUACUCAUUUUUAUCUGUGUUUUUCCAUAGAAUAUAUCUUAGAAUUUUAAGUAUGUUUAUAUAGUGUAUUACACUGUUGUUUGUUUAUCUGCUGGUCUUUUAUUUUGUCAGUUAAUGUAUAUAUCUUGAGUGCUGCGUGAGCACUUUUAACUAGCAACAUGCACAGUGCACUUAUAUUCACUCUGAAGUGCCUAUACACUUUAUAUUCUUAUUUUCUCUAAUUGUAACCAAAACAGGCUCUGUAACAAUGUCAUGCACAACUAAGGUCAUUUAAAUGGGUACCUACAUAAUAUAAAGCCCAACUUCUUUACUAAACUGUCUGUGACCACAUCACAAUGAGUUACAUCAUUAUUCAUAAAUAUUUGUAUAUACACUUUUGGAGUAGGCAACCUUUAGCACUCCAGAUGGUGUGGACCACAUUUCCAAAAAAAAGCAUCAGGAAAGUAGCUUACAACAUCUGGAGUGCUGGAGGUUACCUACCCAAUGAUUCCACAAAAUCUGUCUCUUUAGAAACUUCCAAAGGUCUAGCCCCUCUGUUUUUAUUUACUUGUUUGUUAAAGUUAUUUAUAUUUUAAUAGUAUCCCAGUUAAACUGGUAGAAUUUCCCCAGUGGUUAGCCCUUCAUGCUUUGGUACAAUAGUUUCCUCCAUCCCUGUUAUAGUUUGGAAAUAUUCUACCCUUUAUUACAU